UCCCCAUCCAUCCUCUUUGCUCUCCCGUCCCUCCCAACCUCGUGUCCGCCGGCAACCGGCGGGGGCGGGCUCGGCAGAGCCGGGGAGGAGGCGGUGCCUUAUAGCGGGGGCUCGGGGGCCGCGCCUGCAGAGCUCUCCGAGCCCGGCGAUACCCUGGACAGCGCCUCGCCGCCGCUCCGCCGCCAUGGAGACCCUGAAAGCUUUUGACCGGGAAGUAAAUGCGUUUGUGGACUAUAUGUUUGGACCUCGAGAUGCCAGAGUUAGAGGAUGGUUCCUUUUGGACUCUUACCUUCCCACAUUUUUCCUUACUGGAGCAUAUCUACUCUGCAUAUGGCUGGGCAAAAUGUUCAUGAAGAACAGGCCUCCUUUCUCUCUCAGGGCUCACCUCAUUGUGUAUAACCUUGGGAUCACACUGCUCUCCUUCUACAUGCUCAUAGAGCUCAUCCUUGCCACAUGGGAAGGCGGCUACAACUUGCAGUGCCAGAACCUCCACAGUGCAGGGGAGGCCGACAUCCGGGUAGCCAAGGUGCUGUGGUGGUAUUAUUUUUCCAAAGUAAUUGAAUUCAUGGACACUAUCUUCUUUGUACUGAGAAAGAAAAGCAGCCAGAUCACCUUCCUUCAUGUGUAUCACCAUGCCACUAUGUUUAACAUUUGGUGGUGUGUUCUGAACUGGAUACCUUGUGGGCAAAGUUUCUUUGGACCCACUUUGAAUAGCUUUAUCCAUGUGCUUAUGUACUCUUACUACGGACUGUCAGUCAUCCCAUCCAUGCGCAAGUAUCUCUGGUGGAAGAAAUACCUCACUCAGGCACAACUGAUCCAGUUUCUGCUCACUAUUGUGCACACACUUAGUGCAGCUGUGAAGCCAUGUGGAUUCCCAUUUGGCUGCCUCAUGUUCCAGUCCUCCUACAUGGCCACACUGGUCAUUCUCUUUAUAAACUUUUACAUUAAGACAUACCGGAAAGCUCCUUCAAGAACAGCUAUAAAGGAAACCCCUGUCACAACAGAAAUCAAGAAUGGUUUUCAUAAGGACUACUUUGCUGCUGCCAAUGGAUUCCAGAACAAUAAGAAGGCACAAUAAGUACAGUGUUUCCUAUGACCUUUUUUCCUAAAAAAAGAAAAAAAGAAGAAAAAAGACUGAAUUACAAGCUUUAGCUUAAAACCUAUUUGAUUACAUUUAUCAGUUCUUUGUACCAGACACUUAUUAAUGUACUGCUAUUUAGGUUUUAACAAAGUGAGUAGGAUUACUUGUCUUGUCAAAGAUCACCAUCAGAACAUAGAAAGCCAAGAUCUUUCUCAUAUGAAGAAGAAAACCUUUCUGAUCUCUAAUGCUGACACAAAAACGCCUUAUGAAACACUUGAUGGAUAAAUCCAUCAAUGCCUUCAAAAGGUUAGGACUCUGUUCAGACUAAAACAGUGAGCACUUUCUGUGCAUGUGAGAGGUCUUGAGGCAAGGCUUCACAGUGCACUCAAUGCAUCCAGCUAAACUGUGGCCAAGGUCAGGAAAAUAAAGAGGGUAGAGGGAAAGGUGAGAAUCAUACCUUUUCUAUCACCAUACCCCUCUUUUCUUCUUCUCAGCCAUUCCCCAUAGCACAUUCCCUCCCUGUGGACACCAGCAAGGAGCCCUUUGAUCCUGUGGGAGGCCUAGGGAAGAACAUGACAGAGGGCAGAGCUCAGGUGCACCAUCCCAUAGUUAACAGACAGAUGUGCACAGCACUCAACUUUCUUGACAUAUGUGCAACCUGAUUCAAAUGCCAGGAAGGCUGGCAGAAGCUUGCUGUUUCAGGGGGCUGCAAUGGAAGUCCUUGGAACUGCCCAGUAUUGUAUCCUGAAUACAGAGCAAAAAAAGUCACUUUGGAUACACUAAUUAUUAGGAGUUCUGAGGAAAAGGAUGUUGAAAGAAGUAGGGGCUUAGCAAUUUAAAGAAGAUAAAUCCUGAGUGUAAAUGUGUAAAAGUUAAUCCUAUACAAACACUGCUAAUUUGAAGCAAACUGACAUGCCACAUAUUAAUAGACUGUAAGUUGCAGAAAAUCUUAAAAGCGGAUUCAGCAACGAGCAAAGCAUAUUGUACAGGAAUUUCUGUGCCAGGUGGACCUUAUUCAGACUGGUCUCUGACUGAAGAAACAGGUGGGACUGAGGCAUAAUCCUCUGCAGGGAAAGCAAGGAGAUACUGUCUGCAGCUGUAAAGGUGUCUCUCUCACAACAGCCUGCCACAUUCCAUGCUGCUUCAGUUAGCUGCAUUUUCCCCUCCCCAUCCCUUGAAUGGUUAGAAAUUCAAAAUAUUCAAGGUUGACAUUGUGGAUCUGCCCUCACCCUUUUCUCACUUAGCCCACUCCAU